AUGAGCACAGUGAGAGUUCUCUUAGCAAUUGCAGCAUCAAAGAAUUGGCAUCUUCAUCAACUUGAUGUCACUGCUAUUUUGGUCUAUGUCGAUGAUCUUGUGUUAGCUGGUGGUGAUCUCUCGAAAAUUGAAGCUGUCAAACGCUUCUUGGAUAGCAAAUUCAAGAUAAAGGAUCUUGGUAUUUUAAAAUUCUUCAUUGGCAUAGAAGUAGCAAGAAGUAAAAUAGGGAUUGCUCUUUAUCAAAGAAAAUACGCUUUAGAUUUGAUUAAUGAUUGUGGGUUACUUGGAGCCAAACCUGCCACUACACCCAUGGAUUAUACUACAUCUUUGUCAAAAAAUUUUGGCUCUCCUCUACCUGAUGCUGCUCUUUAUAGAAGGCUGAUUGGUCGCCUUCUUUAUCUCACCAAUACCAGACCCGACCUGAGCUACCCUGUAGGUUGUCUUACUCAAUUCAUGGAUUGUCCCACUGAUGUUUAUCUCAAGACAGUUUAUAGAGUGAUUCGAUACUUGAAAUAG